CUUCCCGUCUACUGCCAGACAUUCACGAUAUCAACGAACUCUCUCCCGGCCAGGACUUACAAGAUCAACCCCCACCCCGCACGCAAUAUGGCAUCCAAACUCGCGCCAUGGGCUGUCCGAAGCAGCGUGAGGUCUUUCCAGAGCUCACUGCGAAACCAACAGCGCCGCGCCUUCCAGAUCUCCAGCGCCAAACGGAGCGACAGCCUCAACGUGCAUCGCGAUACUCCUGAGAACAACCUCAACAUUCCGUUCAAAUUCAACGCGCAAAAUGAGCAGCUCAUCAAGGAGGUGCUCGUCCGGUACCCAAGCCAGUACAAGAAAGCGGCUGUCAUGCCUCUGCUUGAUCUUGGCCAACGACAACACGGAUUUACGAGCAUUAGCGUCAUGAACGAGGUUGCGAGAAUAUUGGAGAUGCCGCCCAUGCGAGUGUACGAGGUCGCGACCUUCUACACCAUGUACAACCGAAACCCGGUCGGCAGAUACCAUGUCCAGUGCUGCACAACGACUCCCUGUCAACUCGGCGGCGUUGGCAGUGACAAGAUUAUGGCAGCAAUUGAGGAGCAUCUUGGAAUCCACCACGGCCAAACCACUGACGACAAGCUCUUCACUCUGACCGAGGUGGAAUGUCUCGGAGCUUGCGCGAACGCUCCCAUGGUCCAGAUCAACGAUGAUUUCUACGAAGACCUUACGCCAGAGACCACCAAACAGCUCCUCACCGCACUCAAGGAGGCGGCCAUCAAGACUGGCGCAGGAGGAUUCGCCUCCGGUCUUGCAGGAGACGCCGGAAAGAACGAGGUCAAGGGACAAAGCACUGGUCAACAGCUCAAGCAAGGUGGAGAGGGGUAUACAGCACAGGGCGUCAACAUUCCCUCACCCGGACCUCUGAGCAAACGGAUAUCAUGCGAGCCAGCUACUGGCCAGACGACGCUAUUGAGCGAGCCGCAGACGGGAGAGCAGAUGCUACGGAAAGAUGGAGUGUUUUAGGGGAGGAGAGGCUCUCUGUAUAUAUGUAGACAUGCGCGUGUAAACCACGGAGUUCGCUAUUCGUCGUAUCAGACCACGCAUCUGAGCUUUCCCAGGUGUGCUUCUGUCGAACAACGUCUAAUCUGGCCCGCGGAGACCUCGAGUCAUACAUACGAUUCUCGGGCAGGUCCAAAAGAGCUCCUUUCGAGGGUCUGCCUAUCGAUGCAAGGGAGUUGGAGUCAGAGCUGAGAGUUUCUGACUCCAUAUGCUUGGCCAGGCAUCCAGAUCGCAAACAGACUACUAGUCCUUGUAUGGCUUCAUAGAAAUGAAAUCGUGCUCGUACAUUGCUCAUUGUUGCCUUCAGCCCAACGCCAGAUCGAAUCAUUCGCAUGAAACAAGAUCAAUGGGCAGGCGGUU